AUGUCUGUAGCCAAUGGAGAAAGAUCGCGGAAACGGAGAAAGGUGGAAGCCGAUGCUCCUUUGAAUACCACUUCCAUCAGCAGUUCAGAUCAACUCCACCAGCUGCUCCAGUUUUCGCCUUCGACGUCUCCGGAGGAUAUAAAAGCAGCGGUCAAUCGAUUUACAGAAUUUCUCUCCAAUUUUGCAAACGAGGAAUCGCCAGAAGGGACUCGCCAGCUGAAGGUGUUGAAGAAGUACUGUGACGAGCAAUCCUCAGCUUCACACGAUCAACUCGAUUUCGCCAAUCUUUUGUCCGCAUGGUCCAAUGCCAGUCAGUCCAACGCAGAAGCCGUGCUCGCCGCCAUUCCUCGUUGUCUUGCACAAUUCUUCGAGACGAUCUCGAGCCAUGUCGAGUUUCGGGAAUUCGGGAUCUCCUUGUGCCACAGCCUGCUGAAACGAGACCAGCUGCGAAUCAUCGAUCGAAGCUUAUCGUCUCCAAGAUCCAAGGAACAUCUCAUCACGCCGUGUCUGCAACUCUUGACAGAAAUCAUCAGUUUUGACGGUGGCGCCCUCGCAAGCAAUGUCUUCAGUCGACGCGAUUUCCUCUAUCGGAGGCUCGAGGGAAUCCUUAGCCAGACGCCAGCAACUUUGAUCGAAGGAUCCUCGGUAACUGCACAGCAGGUGUCUUUGGAGUUCAUUCUAGCAAAUCUUAGGUACCUUGACUCCACCUCCAAGUCCGAGCUCAUUACGCAUGGUAAAACAAUCUUCUUGGCAGUCCGCAAUUUGCCCAACUUGCCGGUAGAUAUUGUCAUCAAUAUCUUGAAGGGCUUGGAGAGGUCGAUCAUUGGGGAUGGGAAUCUCAGCAAGCAAAUAAAGAUUCGAUGCUUCAACUCUGGGGUCUUAUCGGCGCUCGCUAAGCUGUACGGUUACAAGACCCAGGGAAAUGAUGGUCCUGCGGUAGAAGUACGGAAUGCUCUUCAACAGCUGCUGUUGCAAGUUUGCACAACCCCAAAGGGAGUCUUACUUGCUCAAUCAGGUUGGUAUCCUACCGGGACAAACCCCGAAACUCCGGGGCAAGACGAGAAUAUGAUUGAUCUGGGCCUGGACUCUCCAUUCUACUUUGAUGACUACGCUGAAAAAGUACCAGUCAAAAAUGGGGCACUGUCUGCUUUUAUCCAAACUCUGAGACCCGAAAGUGACGUCCAGCAAGCUGACCUUAUCGUGGCAUUAUUCAAUGCCGCCCCUGAACUCGUGGCCGACUACCUCACCAAAAAGCCAAAAUUCGUUGUCCCUCCAGGAGACGAUCCAAAAUGGCGCGGCCAGUUCGCUUUCCUGUUCUCCGUGGUUCAACUACCUGUGCCGCAGAACUGCGGCUGGGAUGAAAAGCUGCCUUUGAACCCCCCUCCACUGUCGGUUGUCAUUGAGAGUAUCCUCCCACGACCGCUAGAUCGAGCUACGAUCGGAAAGUGCCUCCGGAUGAAUGACGAGAUCAUGACCAUUUCGGCAACACGAUUAUUGACCAUGGCUUUCGAAAAGCUCGACUCGGUUCUCAAGGUCUUCGAAAAGGCACCAGCAGAGUCCCAUUUAUGGAAACAAGCGUCCGGCAAACUGAUCAGUCUUUUUGUCGAGCGUAUCCCACCCCUUCAAGACGUCAUUACCGCUCUUCAAAAGCUGGAAAAGGAAAAUGAGCCAACACGCACGGUAGUACUUGAGUGUAUCGCCGCAUAUCACACCAUCCUACCUUCUAUAACCGCGGGUUCAAAAUUCGACUUCGGUGUACCUUUGAGCAAAGGGCUCCAAUCUUUAGAAUCUGACGCGCUGGAUACCGCAACAAAGGACAUCGUACUGGGCCAAAUAGUGCAUAUAAUGCAAAUUGCGUACAUAUCACCCGCGACGAAGUGGUUUCACAAAGCCGCAUCGGAAGAUGUGUCACUGAUUGUGCAGCUACUCAGACGUUGUGUCAAAAACCCCGACAAGCUUGUCACGAAAGAAGCCCUCCCUAUUCUCAAAGGGGUGUUGACCAACAAGGGAAUAUUGAACACCAAUGUCCGAUCUACCGAUGCGCUGAUAUCGAGCCUUAAUGCGACAAAGAAAUGGCAGCCAGAGCUUGUCGCUUAUCAGUUUCUGGACAACUGCAUGUCACGCACGGUGCAGAGACCCGUCAAGUAUCUGGAUCAGCUUGAACAAGCCCAGCAGUUUUUGUCCGAUUCGACACCUCUAAGUCUCCUUGCGUGCUGCGUGGCAGAGCAGUGGAUACAUUUGUUGAAGAAAGAAAAGAAGCAGGGCAUCAAGAAUGUUGCGGAGUGGGUCGCCGGGUUUUUCUCUGCCCUUGAUUCUGCAGGCGAGAAUUAUCGCGUCAUGAUGCACUUGAAGGAGGAAAUGCUGAAGCAAUGUGAUGGGAAUGAGAAGGCAAAAGAAACAUUGGAAAAGGCGUUUGAGAAGCAGCGCAAGAGACAUGUUGUUUUAUCAGGGGAACAUCUUGGCGAAGCAGAUAGCAAAGAGCGCGAGGUCCCUGAGGGUGGUGCAGAUGGCCCAGCACAACAGCAGCAUGCUGGCGACCUGGAUCUCGUUGAAAACUUCCCUCCACCGCCCGCCAUUCCAACAUCUCUGGCCGGCCUCGACCGCUGGACGAAACCGGAUUUCGAAUCUGAGAUUCAAACAGGCCGCCUCGCCAAUCUGAUCCGCUCUCUCAUCUCUCCUGAGCCCGAAGUCCGACUUCAAGCAUUCCAUAUCCUCCAACAUAUCAUACACGCCGUCCAACAGUCCAGCUACGACGAGAAGACACAACUCUACCUUCUUCUAGGCGAAUUGUGCGAGACGAUCAAAAGCCAUGUCCUCUCGAACUCACAGCCCACAGCAACUGCUCCACCACCACCACCCUCCAUAGUGGCGGAAUUAGCGAUCCACUUCCUCCCAACCAUCUCUGACCCGUCGUCCCCAUUCUACCGCAAAACCAACUCCUUCCUCCUCCGCGCCCCCCAAUGGUCCGUGCCACACAUUCUUCCUUACUGGCUCAAGGAGACAUUCCUCACCGAGCCCGAGAUUGAUGAUCCAGACAUCCCCGCGACGUUUCAGCAAGGCAGUGGUGGUGGUAGCGGCGGAAAUAUCAACGCUCAAGCGCUGGAAAUCGAGCAUUUCCUCGACCUACUCCUCAAAUCCCUCCGGACAGAGACGGACAUGGACCUACUCCGUCGCGCACAGGUGUUCACGAGAUUGUUUUCGCACUACCUUGCGCCUGUCUGCACCAAAGCCAUCCGGACGAAGAUCCUGAGGGUCGUCCACUUCGCCACGCGGAUAAAAGGCGGGAGCGAGACGCUCAUUACGCGCACGGGGGUCAGGGAGUGGCUGUCCGUCGCGAAGACGCUCAGGGGACAUAGCGGGCAUGGGAUCGCGGGGUUUGGGAAGAUGGACCACGAGCUGGUCGGGCUGGUGCAGGCGGUCGAGAUGCAGGUGCUGGGCACUUCUGAUGCUGAGGCGAUCGCGCGGUGGGAGGCUGAGAGGAGGGUGUUUAGGGAGGCCGAGCACGCUGCGAAGGACAAUAGAGAGGAGAAGCAGGAUCUUGCGAGCAAAAUCCGAGCGGAAGGUGCGCGUGGUGAGAGCGAGAGCGAGAGCGAGAACGAGAACGAGGAUGAAGAUGGACGAUGA